CGUUUAGAAUCAUAUGCACAUUUUCGUGAUAUUCUAACCUCAAUCGCUCUUCACUCUCAGUUUAACAUUUUUUAUAUCAACAAUUAUUUUAUAAUUUAAACAGGAAACGCAAAAUGGUUUGGUGCGAUAUAUGCCAGCAGAAUAUUUCGGGAAACAUUUACAAGCACAAAAGAGUUGAGCUUAGUUGGGAUCGAGGUGGUAUUAAAUUGAUUAAACAGGAAGAUAAAACUCUGAUCGAAGCUAUACAAAACGAAAAAACAUUCGUUGGACCUUCGCUGUUAUAUUUGAAACGUCUCGCAAAUUAUGCGGUAACACAAAAUUUUCAAGCCACAUUUUUUGGAGUCGACUCCAAGCAAUGCCAAGCAAUCCCAAUUUGAAGAUAAUUCUAAUGUCAGCAACGCUAAACAGCGAAAAAUUCAGUAGAUAUUUCAAUGGUUGUCCGAUUAUCGAUGUGCCUGGACGUACUUUUGAUGUUCAAACUAUGCAUCUCGAAGAAGUAUUAAUCAAAACAGAAUACAAAACGAGCAAAAUGGCCACAUAUUUGGAAGAGAAUCAAGUAUCGCAAAUUCGGCGUAUAAAAGAUGAAGACAUGCCGCGAUCAUAUCGCUUAAUGUGCGACAGUCGCCUGGAUUCUUAUAUUUUGCGAAAAGAUUGUGAAUCAUUUGAAAACGUUUUUUCUCUCAUUGAAGGCGACUACAUGCCGGCCAAUUAUGUUCAUCGUACAAAGCAACGCACCGUGUUGGGAAUUGCUGCGGAAAAUGGUUCACUGAAUAUGAUGUUAAAGCUUUUGGCUUUUGAUGAAAGUGCGACCUUUAAAGAUCCAUUUGGUAAAAGCGCAAUUGAUUAUGCGAAAGAAAAUAAACAAGAGGAAUGUUGUGAGGGUUGUGAGCUCUUAAUGUGUUAUGAACGUGUGACAUCCACCACAACAUGGAAAAAUUACGUGGAAAUUGGAAGAGCGUAUCGAUCAACACAAGGCACACAAAAUAUUAUUGAUCACAACUUACUUUUUCAUGUCAUUGAUCAUAUCCAUGAAAAUACGUCAAAAAAUGGCGCUAUUCUUGUAUUUUUGCCCAGCUACGACGAUAUAUGCGAACAACAUGAAAAGUUAGUAAGCGUACAUGGAUUACAGGAUUGGGGUUAUAAGAUUUUUGCGCUGCAUAGCGAACUAAAUGAUGAAAACAAUGAGGGUCAUGCUCAUGUCUUUGAUCGCAUGGAAAAUGGCGUUCGAAAAAUAAUAUUAUCUACAAAUAUUGCAGAAACAGCACUUACAAUAGAUGAUGUCGUCUACGUUAUUGAUGCCGGAAAAGCAAAAUCGCUGUUUUAUGACGCGGAAACCAAAUCGACCAUUCUCGAAUUAAAGUCUAUUUCACAGGCAUGUGCAAAACAGCGCAGUGGCAGAGCUGGUCGCGUUCAAAACGGCUUCUGUUAUCGUUUGUAUUCAUUGGAACAAUACAAAAUGAUGCACAAAUAUAAGCCAGCAGAAAUUGUACUUUUGUAAACAUUUGGUAAACAUGCCAAUCGAUUGUCAAUUGAGUAAGACACUCUUCUACGCAAUUAUUUUGCGAUGUUUGGAUCCCAUUGUUAUGAUUUCCAGUGCACUGUCGGUGAAAGAUUUAUUCGUACUUUCAUUUGAAAAUACACAGGAAGUGACUGAAAAAAUCAAUGAAACAAAAAAUCGAUUCGCAGAAAAUAAAUAUAGCGACCAUCAACUGUAUUUCAAUAUAAUUCAAAAUUGGUCGAAACAAUUACGGGAACAUCAACGAAAAUUUUGUGUCGAGAAUUACAUUUCACAAGGUAACAUGUUAAAAGCCGAAGGCAUUCGACGUUUAAUCUUCGACUACAUAUGCAAAUCUGGUAUGAUUUCGCAAUCAAUGCGUGAAUUGAACGAAAAUUCCAGCAAUUGAAAUGUGGUGAACGCAUGCAUCAUGGCUGGGUUUUAUCCUAACCAUAUUGUGAAUAAUGGGAACAGCAUUGGAAAUACCCAUCCACAUCCGUCAUCUGUUGUGUCACAAGCUAGCCUAAAUCAACCUGGACUUGUGGUAUUUGAACAAAAACAAAAACGAAAGAACGGCAACUUUGUUCUGAAAAAUAUUUCAGUUUUACCAUCGGAAGCUGAAAGUUUGUUACCAAAAUUGGAAGAACUUUUAUGCCAAUUUGUUCGUUAUUG